GUUGUGUUUGGUUCGUCGUGUGUUAACACUUAUCGGAUUCGUCUAUUAUGUCAUGUCACAAAUUAUUGUUCCCAAAUUUUUCUAAUUUUUUGCCGUCGCAUACGGUUCUCACCUCGCGUGCGACUUAUCAUCACCAAACACCAUGAAUUCAAACCAAUACUACCCGGAGAAUACGUAUUUCGUGUCUGAUGACAACCUCAACUUUCAUCCUGGAUCGUACUCCAACUACGACCAGACAACUAAUCUACAAAACUACUCUUUUGACAAUUAUUCGCAACCGUCUCAAUUGAAUCAACCCGGAGCUGGUCAAUGGCAAAACAACUCGUCCACGAACUUCACGGGCGAAGAAGACGAACCACCUCUGCUUGAAGAGCUUGGUAUCGAUGUCAACAAAAUCAUCACUCGUCUGUUACAUUCACUCGAUCCGACGGGAAAAUGUGGUGUUGUUUUGGGCGAUUACGAUGUAAUUGGCCCUAUUGCGUUGUAUCUGACUUACACGUCACUACUCUUGUUGGCAGGUGGCAAACUGAUGUUUAGUUACAUUUAUGGUUUGGCCGUAUUAACAUCAGUGUGCAUGUAUGGCUUACUUUGGGCAAUGACAGAUUCUCCUGAAGUUACAUUAACAUCGACAUUUUCUGUACUUGGUUAUUCAUUUACGCCCGUCGUACUAGUUUCAUUGCUUGCCGUAUUCGUUAAUCUGAAGAACAUAUUUGGUGGAAUAAUUGUAUUGGCUGCUGUAAUUUGGAGUAGUUCAAAUGCUGCCAGGGUAUUUGUUGCUAUGUUUGGGAACUCUGAUCAGAAAUAUCUUAUGGCUUAUCCCUGUGCAAUAAUCUGUGGUUUAUAUACACUGUUUAUAUUGUAUUAACAUAUUUAUAUUCAUGUAAUCUUAUUUGUAU